AUCAAAAUUAGGGUUUUGUUUAUCCAUAAAGAUCGUUGCAACUGAAAGGGGAAAAAAGGAGAGUAUAAAAAAUGCCAGCAGGUCACGGUGUUCGUUGUCGAACAAGGGAUUCAUUCUCCAGGCCCUUUAGGAAGAAGGGUUACAUUCCUUUGUCCACUUACCUCAGGAUCUACAAGAUCGGCGACUAUGUCGACGUCAAGGUAAACGGCGCCGUUCACAAGGGUAUGCCCCACAAGUUCUACCAUGGUCGCACCGGCCGUGUAUGGAACGUCACUAAACGAGCUAUUGGCGUUGAAGUCAACAAGCAGGUCGGUAACAGGAUAAUCAGGAAGAGGAUUCACGUGCGAGUGGAGCAUGUACAGCCAUCACGAUGCACUGAGGAAUUCAAGCUUAGGAAGAUGAAGAAUGAUAAACUAAAAGCAGAGGCUAAGGCAAAGGGUGAAGUUAUCAGCACAAAGAGGCAACCAGAGGGACCUAAACCCGGUUUCAUGGUGGAGGGUGCUACAUUGGAAACAGUCACUCCCAUUCCAUAUGAUGUUGUUAAUGAUCUCAAGGGUGGUUAUUAAAUACACCCCUUCGUUUUUGCGGUUUUGGUUUAUUUUUGAUAAACUUGAAGUGAAACUGGAAUAGUUAUUCGGUUAUGUUCGUGUUUAUUUCCGUUCGUAGUUUCUGUUGAAGAUACUGCUUUUGCAGAGAUUUUAAUAGAUGAUGGAUGCCUUUAAAU